AUGCAGUUCAAACUUGCCUUCGUUUCCAUCGCUCUUGCUACUCUUGCGGUCGCCACGCCUGCUCCCCGCAGUGAGCCGGCCGGCAGCUGUAGUACAGGCCCUAUUCAGUGUUGUGAAAGCCUCCAGCAGUCCACCGAUCCCAGUGUCGCUGGACUUCUUGGCCUCCUCGGUAUUGUGCUCCAAGGUGUUGACGUUUUGGUCGGGCUCACCUGCUCUCCCAUCACCAUCAUCGGUCUUGAAAAUGGUGGAUGCUCUGCACAGGCCGUCUGCUGUGAGGACAACAGCAACGGUGGACUCAUUUCCAUUGGGUGUCUUCCCGUCACUCUCUGA